AUGGCAAUUUAUGAUCCUAACUGUAAUCACAAUGAAGAUGUUGGAGUUAUCUGCAAAGGACUUAAACUGGUUGGAGGUUCUCGCUGUUCUUGGAGAUUAGAGAUACCUCGAGAAAACACCUGGAUGUCAGUGUGUGAUGCUGUGUUUGAUGAUCAGGAUGCAGAGGUUGUGUGUAGAGAGAUGGGCUGUGGACCUCCUGUACAGCUGCUGGGUGCAGAUACUUUUGGUAAAGGAGAGGGGCAGGUGUGGACACAAGAGAUUCAAUGUAGAGGAGAUGAAUAUCAGUUUGAUCUUUGUCCAACAUCACCUUCAACAAUCAACUGCUCCCAUGAAAAUGAUGUUGGCAUUGUUUGUCAGAAGUCCAUCAGGUUGGUGGGUUCUGGUGGAGAUUGUGCAGGAAGGCUGGAGGUUUUUCACAAAGGCUCAUGGGGUACAGUGUGUGAUGACUCCUGGGAUAUUAAAGAUGCUCAUGUGGUGUGCAGACAGCUGCAGUGUGGAGUGGCUCUCAGUAAUCAGCCAGUACCAGCCUGGUUUGGUCCUGGUUCUGGACCCAUAUGGCUGGAUGAUGUGAACUGUGAGGGGAAUGAGACGUCACUGUGGAGCUGCUCUUCACAGGUCUGGGGAGAUCAUGACUGUAAACACAAGGAGGAUGUAGGAGUCGUGUGCUCAGAUCAUCUUCCUCUCAGACUGAGUGGAGGGAAGGGUUUGUGUUCGGGGAGACUGGAGGUUUAUCAUAACUCUGUGUGGGGUUCAGUCUGUGAUGAUCUGUGGGACAUCAGAGAUGCUCAGGUGGUCUGCAGGCAGCUGGGUUGUGGAGCAGCAUUGAGUGUUGAUGGGAAUGAAGCGUUUGGUGCUGGUGAAGGUGUUGUGUGGAUGAACAGAGUCGAGUGUAGAGGGACUGAGAUUCACCUGUGGGACUGUCCUCAUGUCCUGAAAAAACACACUGACUGCUCACACAAAGAACAAGUUAGACUCAUCUGUGCAGCUCUCUCUAAGAGGAGACACAGGACUCAGACUGAGGCAGUUUAUGAAGAAAUUGUUCACAGACACACAAACAAACAGAAAGAGAGUCUCAUCUCUGAGGAACAGCAUUCUGGAUAUGAAGAUGCUGAUGAAACAGAGGGAGUUCAGGAGGAGUAUGAUGAUGUGAAGAAUGACAGUGAAGAUGUGACAAACCUGUUAGUAAUGAUCAUUACUGCUGAUUUGAAUGUGAGGUUGGUGAAUGGUGGCAGUCGUUGUUCUGGUAGAGUUGAGGUUCUUAAAGGUCGUCAGUGGGGAACAGUGUGUCAUCAUUGGUGGGAUCUGACAGAUGCUGCAGUGGUGUGUAGAGAGAUGAACUGUGGAGAGGCUUUACAGGCUCCAUAUUUUGCUUACUUUGGACAAGGAUCAGGACCAAUCACAAUGGCUGGUUUGCUCUGUAGUGGAUCAGAGUCCUCACUGAAGAACUGUAGAUCAGAUGACUCGGUUAUUCAGCACUGUUCUCAUUUUGAAGAUGCUGGUGUGAUCUGCUCAGAAACCAUAAACUAUGGAAGGUUUACAAGACUUGUUAAUGGACCUCAUCAGUGCUCUGGAAGAGUCGAGCUGCUUCGUGGGAACACCUGGAUGUCAGUGUGUGAUGCUGUGUUUGAUGAUCAGGAUGCAGAGGAUCUCUGUGCAGGUUACUUUGACCACAGACUGGUGAACGGUCCUGAUAUCUGCUCUGGUCGAGUUGAAGUUCAAUACCUUAAUGAGUCGAGAACAGUUUGUGAUGCAUGCUGGGAUAUGAGAGCUGCCAAUGUCCUCUGUAGAGAGCUGAAUUGUGGGAUUGCUGUGUCUGUUGUGGGAGUGGACUGGUUUGGAGAGGGAUCUGGUGAAAUCUGGGCUGAUGUGUUUGAUUGUCAGGGGAAUGAAACAAAACUCUCAGAAUGUUCAAUCUCUUCAUGGAGUCGAGCUGAAUGCUCUGGGACUGAAGAUCAUCUGAGAAACUGCAGCUCUCCACAAACUCUCAACUGCAGCUCAACACAACAGCUGGCAAUCACCUGCCAAAAACUGUCAGGUCAGAGGUCGAUCAGGUUGGUGGGUUCUGGUGGAGAUUGUGCAGGAAGGCUGGAGGUUUUUCACAAAGGCUCAUGGGGUACAGUGUGUGAUGACUCCUGGGAUAUUAAAGAUGCUCAUGUGGUCUGCAGACAGCUGCAGUGUGGAGUGGCUCUCAGUAAUCAGCCAGUACCAGCCUGGUUUGGUCCUGGUUCUGGACCCAUAUGGCUGGAUGAUGUGAACUGUGAGGGGAAUGAGACGUCACUGUGGAGCUGCUCUUCACCGGUCUGGGGAGAUCAUGACUGUAAACACAAGGAGGAUGUAGGAGUCGUGUGCUCAGAUCAUCUUCCUCUCAGACUGAGUGGAGGGAAGGGUUUGUGUUCGGGGAGACUGGAGGUUUAUCAUAACUCUGUGUGGGGUUCAGUCUGUGAUGAUCUGUGGGACAUCAGAGAUGCUCAGGUGGUCUGCAGGCAGCUGGGUUGUGGAGCAGCAUUGAGUGCUGAUGGGAAUGAAGCGUUUGGUGCUGGUGAAGGUGUUGUGUGGAUGAAGAAAGUCGAGUGCAGAGGGACUGAGAUUCACCUGUGGGACUGUCCUCAUGUCCUGAAAAAUCACACUGACUGCUCACACAAAGAACAAGUUAGACUCAUCUGUGCAGGGAGUCUCAUCUCUGAAGAACAGCAUUCUGGAUAUGAAGAUGCUGAUGAGCUUCUCUCGGCAAAAGACUACAAGAUUGAAUAUUAUGAUGAUGUCUCCAAUGGCAGUGACAUGAAAGAAGAGAUGGUGAAUAAAGUCCCAGCAGAAUACUAUGAUGAUGUCAUCACUGAUGGACUAAAAGCAGACAGUGAGACAGAAGACACACUUGAGAAGUAUGAUGAUGUCAUCACCACAGGACAAAACUCUGAUCUUCAAAAAGAGAGUUAUGAUGAUGUCAUCAUCAAUGGACAGAACUUUCAAGGUGUAAUAGAGGGAGUUCAGGAGGAGUAUGAUGAUGUGAAGAAUGACAGUGAAGAUGUGACAAACCUGUUAGAUUAUGAUGAUGUAGGGGAGGAGCCAAACAAAGUGGGAGGGACUGUGUGA